GGACUUGGAGAGAAGGCCCGGGAACAGCGCCAGCCAGCCACCCUUCAUUCAGAUCACAUGCCAGUACUGAGGACCUGCCGUGGGCCUGGGGACGUGCUUCCCUCUGUCCCUUGGGACUUAGGUCCCAGCGGCCACAGGGUGAGGUACAGGUGGGAGACAGGCCACAAGCCGCAGACCUGAGAGGCAGGCGGUGACACCCACCUGGCAGUGCUUGGUGGCUGCUGCGGUCACCUGAGGACUGCAGUCUCCAGUUCGCUCACCUUCCAAAGCAGACUCUGACCAGCGACCCCCCAGGGAAUUUCCAGGCCUUCUGUCCUGGAGUCGGGCUGCAUCCUUGGUCUCCCUGGUUCUGAGGCUCCAGCUCUUUCGACUGAGCAGCUGCUGCUCCCUCCAGCUCUCCAGCCUGUGGGCGGCAAUUGUGGACUGUCCAGCUGCUGGCCAUGCACCAGACCUUCUCCUGGGCUCCUGGCACCAUGUCGCCCCUGAAGACCCUGCUGCUGGCCGCCCUCCUCCUCGGGGCUUCUCUGCAGAGCAUCCGUGCAGCUCGAGCCACCAACGUGGGCCGGGAGUGCUGCAUGGAGUUCUUCAAGGGGGCCAUUCCCAUCAGAAAGCUGGUGACCUGGUACAGAACCUCAGCCGAGUGUCCCAAGGAUGCCAUUGUGCUUGUCACCACCCAGGGCAAGUCCAUCUGUUCGGACCCCAAGGACAGGCACGUGAAGAAGGCAGUUAGACUCUUGCAGAGACUUGUGAAGUCACCUGGCCCCAUCACCCAGAAGCCCUGAUUUCCUCCGGACCAUUUGGAGACUUCCAGUGUGGAAGUUCAUCACCCCAACCCGGAGCCCCCGGGCCCGUGGAGGCCUCACAAGGACAAAGGGGAGGAGCCAGAGGACCCUGGCUCCUUAGCUGGACUGAAGCCGCGGGCCUGAAAGCCCUGAAUAA